AUGGCUACUGCUCCUCCAGCAUCCAAGGUCGAUAUGCCAGAAGUCGCUAUGGUGACCUCUGAAGCCGCUGGGUCGGUUACUCCCACAGUCGAGGCCCGCGAACUUCGACCACGCUUCAGCAUCCUCUCAGCUAUCGGCAUCCAGUUCUCUAUCUCUGCCACUCCCUUAGCGGUUGGCGUCUACAUCACGCUGAUCUUGGGCGCCGGGGGUAGCCCUUACUUCUUCUAUGCCUUCUUGGUGGCAGCCACCGGCCAGAUGCUCAUCUGCAUCUGCCUGGCGGAGAUCGCGUCGGUAUUCCCUCAUGCUUCAGGCCAGGUCUUCUGGACAGCCGCCAUGGCUCCACCGAAGUAUGCCCGUUUCCUUAGUUACUGGAAUGGCGCGUGUACGACUCUGGGCUGGAUCUUUGCCGACGCCGGAACCUUCGUAUUCACCGCCAAUAUCUGGCAGUCGGUCAUGGUGAUUCGCAAUCCGAGUUGGGAGCCUCACAUCUGGCAGAUCUACCUCCUCUCUUGUGGGUGCGCGACCGUCGGACUUAUCCUAAACAUCUGGCUCUUCGAUUAUUACCCCCACGUCACCCGGUCAAUGGUCGUCUUCAUCAAUCUCGGCACUGUGUACGUACUUGUCGCGCUCCUGGUUCGCACACAUCCCAAAGCCAGCGCUCAUACUGUCUUUCUCGAUGUCAUCAACGAGACAGGAUGGUCCUCGAACGGGCUGGUCUUCUUACUCUGCUUCCUUCCGGGUUGCAUCUCGGUUUGCUGCUUCGAUACCGCUGCACACAUGGCCGAGGAGAUGGAUGAUCCUGCUCGCCAGGUCCCUCUCGUUAUGGUCGGAGGCUCACUGCUGUGUGCUUGCACCGCCAUCCCAAUGAUCCUGGUGUACCUGUUUUGCACGUACAAUCCCGUGGCACUCCUGGAGCCUAUCGGCGGCCAACCGAUUUUCCAGGUGUUCAACGACGGCUUCAAGUCCGAUGCUCUCCUGGUCGUCGCAAUGAUCAUCUACUGCAUUGCCUACUUGAGCUCCUGCCCAGCGACGAUAGCCACGAGCAGCCGACUGGUCUGGUCCUUCGCAAAGCACGGCAGCCUUCCAUUCCCGCGUUGGUUCGGCUACGUUCACCCAAAGAGUCAAAUUCCCACCAACGCUGUCUACUUCACAGUCGUCGUCUCGCUCAUGGUGUCACUGCUGCUCUUUGGACCCAGCACCAUCCUCAACGGCGUCUUUGGUGCCGGCGCCGUGUGCUUCUUCUUCUCAUAUGGCCUACCUAUUUGGCUCAACGUCGGCACCUGGGGCCGACAGCUUCCAAAGACGCGGUACUUCAACCUCGGCCGGUUGUCCAUGCCCAUCAGCAUUGCCGCAAUCGCCUGGCAGCUGCUGUCUGUCGUCUUUCUGUGCUUUCCACUUUACAAACCCAUCACGACCACCAAUAUGAAUUGGGCAUCAGCCGCUGCGUUCGUGGGGCUUGCAAUUUUUAUGAUCAACUGGUUCGCGUAUGCAAAGAGGCACUACCAUGCACCGAAAUCGCUGUACGUUAGCGCGCUGCAUGGACCUGAUGGGCGGCAUGCGGGCGAGGUGACGCAUGAGCUGUCGGACUCGGAGCAAGGCGCUCACAACAAAAUAUCCUGA